AUGACUCGCUUAGUACUGCCGCCCGCCUCGCGAUACUCCUCCAAGCUUCAAACCGCCAGAUACACGGUCGGAUGGAUCUGCGUGCUCCCCACCGAGUUCUCCGCCGCACGGAGAAUGCUGGACGAAGAAUAUCCUGCGGACGAUCUGAUCCGAGGCGAAGGGGACCGGAACAGCUACAUCUUGGGACGAAUCGGCAAGCAUAACGUCGUGCUCAACUGCCCGCCGGCCGGAACCUCUGGCGAACUUCGAGCGGCCAGGACCGCCACCGAUAUGAAGAGCAGCUUUCCUUGGAUCCGCUUUGUGCUUCUCGUGGGCAUUGGAGGAGGGGUACCGGCGCGCAAACACGAUAUCCGGCUGGGGGAUGUCGUCGCUGGGACUUCGGUGGUUCCCCUGGAUAAAGGCGCAGCCACCGACCAUGGGUUUCGUCCCGAUGUGAAAUGCCUCUGGCCCCCAGACGUCCUCUCCGCUGCCGUCACCUUCCUCGAAUCUCAUCUCCAAGCAAGGAAUCUGGCGCGGAUUGUGGAGGAGGCUGCCACCGACCCAGUGCGUGGCCGAUGCUCGCGCCCCAAGAUCGAUCGAUUGUACUGUUCCUCCUAUCUUCAUCAUGAAGACUGCGAUUGCCUGCGCUCAGACCCCGAAUACUUCACCAGAAUCCACCAUCGCAACCCUCGACAGGGGACUCUCGUUUCGGCACACCAUGGUCGCAUUGGGUCCGGCAACGCGGUCAUAAAAGAUGCUCACACGCGAGACGAGUAUGCAAAGCGACACAACGUGCUCUGCGUUGAAAUGGAGGCAGUCGGCGUCAUGGAGGUCACCGGCUGUUUGCCGAUCCGGGGCAUCUCAGACUAUGCAGACGGGCACAAGAAUGACGACUGGCAGCCCUAUGCGGCACUGGCUGCUGCAGUCUACGCAAAGGAGCUGCUGCAGGCCAUGAGCACAGCUGAUGUUGAACGAUGUGUCCUUCAUGUCGCGGGCAAUAUUUUGGAGAGUUUUAUCAACGGCGCCGUAUGCUCUGCAUCCAGUCACUCGGCUGGAAGCUCCCUGCAAUCUGCGCAAUCUGUCAUGGAGGGACUAAUGGAUCGACAUGAGAUUGUUGUAACACUCCUGGAUGGUCCAAUUCAGAAUCUCGGGGACCAAACUCGCAUCAAGCUUGAAGAUGUUCAAAAGGUAAAAGAGCUGCAAAGUAGUCAGACUCGCAUACAGGAAGCUCUGCAGCAUCUUGGGGCAAGAGUCGACCAGCAGGCGGAGAAUUCCAACUAUGUGACCAGAGCCGAGUGGGAAAAGCUCAGGGCUCAGGUACAACAAAACACCUCCAAUAUUGAGGCUCUGUCUACCACCACUCAGGACACGUUGGACACCACUGUUCGUCUCAUGGACGACCUGGGCCACCAUAUCAACAAAGAAAAGUUCAUUUUCGUCGCCCGCAUUCUGAAUUCCGCAAAGGAGUAUACCGACCACGCUACACGCUUUGGCAAAGCCUAUAAGGGGAAAGAGCGUAGGACAAAGGACUCGGAGUCGACCACGACCUCUCCACCGCCGUCCGAAAAAGCAGGGCCUUCAUCAUCUGGACGGGCUGGCACCGCUGCUUUCUCAAACUCUCAGCCUCAGUCUGGUCCAGAACCACAGUCACCAACCCCGUCGUUCUACGAGAACUUUCGCAGUAAGUUUACCGGCAAGAAGGAAACAGGAUCUCGGUCUUCCACUCCAACUGAAGAGUCACGACCAAAGAUUCCCCCCCGUCCUCUCCAUGGUUUUGUGCGGGAACCGGUCACAAGUCCCAUUUCACCGUAUCUGCACGACAGUCCAGCUACACCGGGAGGACUACGUCCUGGAGGACACGGCUUGCCUCCUCGACCCAACAUACGCCAACCCCCCCGGCCUAGCCCGCAGCGGCAACCCUCCCCAAGGACACAACCCCAGAGUAGUAAUACCUCUCGCCACGCAAGCCCGAGUGGCCGACCAAAUCAAGCAAUGCAAGAUCGGGAAAUGCAUACUCCACGCUCGCAACAGAGCACUGGAGGGUCUGCCAUGUCGGGCACUACGCUCAGCUCUCAACACUUGUCUGAACAGAUGAACGAAAAACCGGAGGAGGCGGAGUACGAGCGGAAACCUGUCAAGGAUAUACGUUCUAUGUUUGAGCAGGGCGGGCAUACACCGUCAAGUAAGAAGUAA